UUCUCUAGCUUUUCGUCUGGCAUUUCGACAAUCUCCUGGGCAGCUAUGGGAACAUCCAAUCACGCGCCGGGCAACUAUGGAAGCAUCCAAUCAGAACGCUCUCAUUAAUUACCUAAUUAUCAUCUGUCACGUCCCUCAGCCAAUCAGAACGCUCCAUUUCCACGUGGCAGACAGUUUUGACAGCUGGAGACCAUGCCCCUGGCACCAGAGAAAUGAUGAAGGCCUUGGCGGCAAAAGUAGUGGCCUCGGCGGCGGAGGAAAUGGUGACCUCGAUGGUAAUGGUGGUGGCCCUGGUAGCAGCGAUGGCCUCGGUUGCGGCCCUAAGAGCCGCUAUAUUUCUAAUUGUUUCUUUAGCUUUUUGAUUUCGGCUCUCAGGACGGAUAAAUCUUCCAUUUUUUCGCUUGUGUUAUUCAUUAUGCUGGAAAAAAAGCAUAUAUUAAAAAUUAUUUUAUAAGAUAAUUAUAUUUA